AUGUCGGAGGAGAGUGCGAGGAAGAUCGCGACGAUGCAGGCGAAGCUGAACAAGAAGCUGGGCCCGGAGUACAUCUCACAGAGACCAGGGCCAGGCGGAGGGCCGAAGUUGACGUAUGCCGAAGGAUGGAAGAUUAUCAAUCUCGCCAACGAAGUCUUCGGUUUCAACGGCUGGAGCUCCAAUGUCGUCAACAUCACGACCGACUUCAUCGAUUACAGCGAAGAGUCCAGAAGAUACAACGUCGGGGUCACUGCGAUCGUGCGAGUGACACUGCGCGACGGCGUGUUCCACGAGGACGUGGGCUACGGACUGUUGGAGAACUCGAAGAGUAAAGGCGCGGCGUUGGACAAGUGCAAGAAGGAAGCGGUUACGGACGCCGUCAAGCGCACACUACGAAACUUCGGCAACCUGUUGGGAAAUUGCCUGUACGACAAGUCGUACACGCAGGAAGUCAUCAAGAUCAAGGUCCCUCCAGUACGUACUGCGUAUAUUACUCCAACGUCCAUAUUGACACCAUGCAUCUAUAGCCCAAAUUCGAGCGCAGCGAACUGCAUCGUCGUCCAGAGUUCGAAGAGUCCAAGCCAGCUAUACCCUCUACCGCAUAUACCCCAGCACCAAACGCCUCAUCGAACUUCUCGGUACCUUCUACAUCCGCAGCGGGCCCCUCGAAUCCUCGAGUAA